AUGGGCCAGCAUAUUAAGAAAUUAGAUUCAAAUGUUUCGGAAAAGCUGAAAUCCCAGGUAUCCUCAGUCUCGCUGGCAUCAGCGGUUAGAGAAAUAGUUCAAAAUUCUGUAGAUGCACACGCUACUACCAUCGAUGUCGUGGUCGACCUUCCUAAUUUGAGCUUUGCAGUUUACGAUGAUGGUACUGGCAUGACUCGAAAUGAACUAAAUAUAUUGGCCACUCAAAAUUGUACUUCCAAAAUACGAAAAAUGAGUGAUUUAGUAACAAUGAACACCUACGGAUACAGAGGGGACGCCUUAUAUAACAUUUCUAACGUCUCGAAAUUGUUUAUUUGCUCCAAAAAAAAGGAUUACAACUCUACAUGGCUAAGAAAAUUUCCAUCUAAAAGCGUCAUGCUGAGUGAGAAUACUGAGCUCCCUAUAGAUCCUAUUUGGAAAAUUCGUCCUUGGAGCCGGACAGAAUCUGGCACUGCCGUUAUCGUUGAGGAUAUGUUGUAUAAUUUACCUGUUCGGCGCAGAAUUCUAAAGGAAGAACCCCCGUUCAAGAGUUUUAACGCAUUGAAGGAAGAUAUGCUGCAGAUACUUGUAAUGCAUCCGAUGGUUUCACUCAACGUACAGUGUACAGACAAAUCCAAAGGCCAUACGGAAGUUCUUUUCCGUUCAAAGAAUAUAACUGAGGGGUUAACAAAGCACCAGAAGAUGUCUCAAGUAUUGAGAAAUGUGUUUGGGGCAAUAAUACCACCGGAUAUGCUCAAGAAAGUUUCCUUGAAGUUUAAUGAAUACAAAAUUGAAGGUAUCAUAUCUAAGAUACCUGUUCGAUUGAAGGACAUGCAAUUCAUAUAUAUCAAUGGUAGACGUUAUACAGACAGCAUGUUUCAUGGAUACGUCGAUUCUUUAUUCCAAGCACAAGAUUUCGGGAAUAACAAUAUGAGUUCACUUAAAACUAGAAGUGUGGGAAAACCUUACCGAUCACACCCUCUCUUCAUCCUCGAUGUUCGGUGUCCCCAAACUAUCGACGAUCUGCUACAGGAUCCAUCCAAGAGAAUCAUAAAACCUUCUCAUAUUCUCACUAUUGAACCACUGAUUGUGAAGACUGUUCGCUCCUUUUUGACAUUUCAGGGCUACUUAUCACCUGAUAAACCGGAUUCAUCUUUGGAAAUAAUUAAUUGUUCACAGAAAACGGCAACAUUGCCUGACAGCCAAAACCAAAUCAGUAAAUGCGAUCGAGUGUUGAGCUCAAAAAUGAAAAUUGCACGCAUCAAUCCAUACAUAGGAAACUCUUUUGUCAAUAAAUGUAACAUAAACAAGAAUACAAUAAACUAUGAAAGAAUCAAGAAUAUAAGACUUGACGGUCAGAAAUCAAGCUUGCGGAACAAACUCUCUUCCAGUCCCUACAAUAUUGAUGUUAUGCAAGAUUAUGACAGUAUAGGAAAAACAAUAACGAAUUUUUCCAUAUCCAAAUCUGUCCUGGCAAAAUAUGAAGUGAUCAAUCAAGUAGACAAAAAAUUUGUUCUCAUACGUUGUCCAGACCAGUCUAUUCAUAAAUCCCCAGUAUUGGUUCUAGUUGACCAACAUGCUUGCGAUGAAAGAAUACGCCUGGAAGACUUAUUUCAUAAUCUAUUGACGGAAAUUAUAACUGGAACCUUUGUUGCACAGGACUUGACUGAUUGUUGCUUUGAAGUUGAUCGUACUGAGGCUGACUUACUUAAGCAUUAUCAGCGUGAAUUUAAAAAGUGGGGAAUCUGUUAUGAAGCAAUUGAAGGCACAUUAGAAACAUCAAUUUUGAAAAUUAAAACAUUGCCCGAGAUAUUAGCUUCUAAGUAUAAUGGAGAUAAAGACUACUUAAGAAUGGUCUUAAUGCAGCAUGCACAUGACCUGAAAGAUUUCAAAAAACUUCCAAUGGAUCUGCCCCAUUUGAAAAACCGAACUUCGAUUGAUAAAUUAUAUUGGUGGAAGUACUCGAGCUGUGUUCCGACUGUUUUUCAUGAAAUCCUUAACAGUAAAGCAUGCAGAUCGGCCGUUAUGUUUGGAGAUGAAUUAACUCGGCAAGAGUGCAUAAUUUUGAUCAGCAAGCUCUCACGAUGCCAUAAUCCAUUCCAGUGCGCCCACGGAAGACCUUCUAUGGUACCUAUUGCGGAGUUGAAGCAAAGAGAACCUUAG